AUGUCAGAAAAAGUCUGGGGUGAUAAACCAGUAUAUUUUAAACAACCAGUAAGAUGGCUCAGAUAUCAUGCACACGUUAACCCAGCACUUUUCCUAGCUGUUUCAUUAGGUGCUGCUGCUCCGGUGCUAUUAUUAGCUACGCCAUUGAGAAGGAAGUAUUUAUAUUCUGAUCACGAACCUAUUCCUAUGGUUUAUCCAUUACCUAAUAGGCCUAGAGAAUCAGGUUUAAAGGGGUAUGAUGAUUAA